AUGGGCACCGACAUGGAGGCAGCCCCCGUGCUGUCGACUCCCGACUCGCGCAUCCUCGAAGAAACGGAUCCCGUCGCUCCCCGGGAAGUGUCACGGUUGUCGGACGACGAGCUCGCUAUCACCUACGACAUCGAGCGCACGCUGCAGGAAAUCCGCCAGGCGCGAUACAGGCGCAUCGCUCUCCAGUUCCCCGAUGAAAUGCUUCCGGAUGCUCCACGAGUAUUCCAACUGCUCAGCCGCGGCCUGAAUCGCGAAGAACUCCCCACGACGAAUGAUACUCAGACCCCGAAUCAUACCGCUGAUAGCGCCGAUGCAAACUUGACGCAGUCGAUGUCGCAGCUACAGGUUGGCGAGAAGGAAGAGAGAUGGUCUCCUCGCCUGUACAUUCUGGCGGACACCUCUUACGGAACUUGCUGCGUGGACGAGGUGGCGGCAGAGCAUGUAGAUGCGGACGUGGUGGUGCAUUAUGGGAGAUCGUGUCUGUCGCCAACGGCUCGACUGCCCGUGAUCUACGUCUUUACGCGCAAGGCACUGUCCAUCGACCCUGUGGUGCAGGCCUUCAAAGCAACAUAUCCCGAUCCAGCGGCCAAAGUGGUCAUCGCGGCCGACGUGACCUACACCGACCAUGUUCCCGCCGUGCACUCUCGCCUCGCGGAGGAAGGAUACAGCAAUCUGUUCGCGACAGAGGUCGUUCAUGAGCCCUCAUCUGCCAUCCCAAAUCGCACCGUCCCCGACUCGGUCCGAGACGCACCAGAGACACUAUCCGAGUGGCAGCUUUUCCACAUCUCCGACCCGCCAACCACCCUCCUUUUGACCCUUGCCUCUCGCGUCUCCGCGAUCCAUAUCUACCCCACAGAUACUCCCAGCGCAGACACUGUCAAACCUCUGCCCGCGUCCACGGCCGUGGCCUUGCGACGUCGAUACGCCAUCAUCACCUCCCUGACGACAGUGCCCAUCUGGGGCAUUUUGAUCAAUACCCUCAGCGUGAAGAAUUACUUGCAUAUUGUGGACCAUGUGAAGGAGCGUAUUGCCGCAGCCGGCAAGAAGAGUUACAUGUUCGUGGUGGGCAAGCUCAAUGCGGCCAAGGUCGCCAAUUUCAGCGAGAUCGGCGGCUGGGUGGUCAUUGGCUGCUGGGAGAGCUCGCUGGUGGAUUCCAAGGAAUUCUGGAAGCCGGUGAUCACCCCGUUUGAGCUGGAAUUGGCAUUGAAGGGGGACGCGGAGCGCGUGUGGACGGGUGCGUGGCAGAGCGAUUUCCAGGCUGUCCUCGAUCAGCCCCGCGAGGAGAAAUCGGCGACCGCCAACGAAGACGACGAGGAAGACCUGUCGGAAUCCGAGUCCGCGCCGCCGGAGUUUGAUUUGCGCACCGGACGAUACGUCUCGCAUUCCCGUCCGAUGCGGGAUCCCGGGGCUGCCCAGAUCGAUGCAUCGUCUGGACCCUCCGCUGCCCGGGCCUUGGCUCGUCGGACCAGAGGCGAUCUGACCAUGAUCGGCGGGGCCGUGUCGCCGGGGGCUGAAUUCUUGCGAUCCCAGCGGACCUGGAAGGGGCUAGGCAGCGAUUUUGACAUCCGAUAUGACGAGGAGGAUGACAGUACACUGGUCCAGGAAGGGCGCAAGGGCAUCGCCAGGGGGUACACGGUGGGCGAGUCCGAGCGACACUAA